AUGGGUGAGGAGUUAGCCGACACAAUGAACCUGGAUUUGAAUCUAGGGCCUGGUCCUGAGUCAGAUCUCCAGCCAGCGGUAAAUGAAACUGUGAAUCUGGCUGAUUGGACUAAUGACCCUUCUCAGAGAUCCUCGGAAGCUGUGACGAGGAUCAGAACUCGGCAUAGGACGCGGUUCAGACAGCUUAAUCUCCCCAUACCAAUUCUGUCUGAAAGCCAUACCAUGGAUAUAGAGUUGAACCAGUUGCUGGGAAGUCCUGCAACUAGAGCUGCUUUGCAGACUGGUGAAGGUAGUGAAAGAGGCAAUGAGGAUCUGAAAAUGUGUGAGAACGGAGAUGGAGCCAUUGGUGACGGUGUAUUAGAGAAGAAAGCUGAUGUUGAGAAAAGCAGUGGCAGUGAUGGUAACUUCUUCGAUUGUAAUAUAUGUUUGGAUUUGUCCAAAGAGCCGGUUCUCACAUGUUGUGGCCAUCUUUACUGUUGGCCUUGUCUGUUCCAAUGGCUACAAAUCUCGGAAGCAAAGGAAUGUCCGGUCUGCAAAGGAGAGGUGACUCCUAAAACCGUGACACCAAUAUAUGGGCGUGGAAACCAUAAAAGAGAAGUUGAAGAGAGUUUAGAUACCAAGAUCCCUAUGAGACCUCAUGCUAGACGCAUCGAGAGCUUGAGGAAUACUAUUCAAAGGUCGCCUUUUACAAUACCAAUGGAAGAGAUGAUAAGACGCAUACAGAAUAGGUUUGAGAGGGAUUCAACCCCUGUCCCUGAUUUCACUAACCGGGAGGCAUCAGAAAGAGGGAAUGAUAGAGCCAACUCGAUUCUUAACCGGUUGAUGACUUCUAGGGGAGUUAGAUCAGAGCAGAGCCAGGCUAGUGCUGCAGCAGCAGCCAUUGCAGCAGCAUCAGAGGAUAUCAAUCUAAACCCGGACAUUGCUGCUCCUGAUCUUGAAGGAGAUACCACCACAAGAUUCCAUCCUUUGCUGAUCAGGAGACAGGUACAGUCACACAGAGUGGCAAGGAUCUCUAACUACACUUCUGCAUUGAGUUCUGCUGAGCGGCUUGUAGACGCUUAUUUUAGAACUCAUACAUUGGGGAGGAACCACCAAGAGCUAAACCAUCAUGCUCCUGUUGUCGUUGAUGAUAGAGACUCUUUCUCAAGCAUUGCAGCUGUUAUAAACUCUGAGAGUCAAGUGGAUACUGCAGUUGAGAUUGAUUCCAUGGUUACUCUUUCGACUUCUUCUUCGAGGAGAAGGAAUGAGAAUGGCUCGAGGGUCUCUGAUGUGGACAGUGCAGAUUCUCGCCCGCCUAGGAGAAGGAGGUUUACUUGA